UCUCCCAAUGAAUUCCUUACCAAACUCUCAACACUCUUUUACCCUUCCUUCACUCUUCUUCUCUCCAGAGGGCAUGGACUGUACUGUCGAUGAAUUUUUGGUAGAUGAACUCCUUGACUUCUCCAAUAAUUGUUCCACUGAAAACGAAGAGCACCCACAGGGGUAUAACGGUAAAAAGCCAGAGAAAGUUGAAGCUGAAAAUGUUACCAAUUUAUCUGGAAAACAAGAUUUUGGUGAACUCCAUUUUCCGGAAAAUGACGAGGAUAACCUCGAAUGGCUAGCUCAUUUUGUUGAAGAUUCAUUCACGUACACUGCCGGAAAAUUACCGAACCAGGGGGAGAUGAAAACUCCGGUCCAAGACAGCAAGUCAUGCUUCACCACUCCGGUUCAAACCGGGUCAAGAACCAAACGUACAACCGCCGCCCGAGUUUGGUCACUUUCAUUGACCGAGUCAGCUUCUACUUCCUCUUCCUCUUCCUCCACUACAACAACAAUGUCGUUCUCGUUAUCACCUUGUAUUGUUCAUACAGCCGAGUCGAUAGUACGGAAGCCGGCGGCGAAUAAGCGGAGGAAGAAGGCGGCGGGAGGUGGGGUCCAGCCGCGGCGGUGUAGCCAUUGUGGCGUACAAAAGACUCCACAGUGGCGGGCCGGUCCAAUGGGUGCAAAAACUCUUUGCAAUGCAUGUGGGGUCCGAUUUAAAUCCGGUCGGCUCUUGCCGGAGUACCGGCCGGCUUGCAGCCCGACGUUUUCGACCCAGCUACAUUCCAACAAUCACCGGAAAGUUUUAGAGAUGCGGCGGAAGAUGGAAGUAGAAGGCGGCGGUUUGGCUCGACCCGGUUCAGAAUUUUUGAAAAAUUAACUUUAACAGGGUAGGUUUGUUUUUAUUCGAAUUAAAAGUAGGUUUAUGGACUUUUUAUUUUAGUGAAGAAGUAGUAGAAAUUUUAGAGGGAAAAAGGAAGAACCGGAGUUGGGUCCGGUUUAUUGUGCAUUUCUGAUGCGAGAUGAUAGAUACUAGAUAGUGUAGUAGGUUUUCUACGUGUAACGGAUAUAUAUUUACAUUCGUAAUGUUAGGUGUAUAUUUAUCUUUUGUUUA